AUGUUUUGGUUAACGAUAUUCAUUAAUUUUGCUGUUUUAUCAUCGCUAGUUAUUGCUGAUGAUCCAUGUCGAUUUCAAGAUCCUAAAAAUGGUGUUAUUGAUUUAACUUCUUUAGGUCGAACUGAUGGAAAAGCUGCAUAUGCAGAUAAAAUACCACCGACAGGAUCUAACUACAAAUAUAGUUAUAAUCCAUGUAAACCAUUCAACGAAGAACCUGCGUGUAAAGGAGUAGCUGUUUGUCAAAUUUCAAUGGAUGGAAAAUUUAGCUUUUCACUUGGUUCACAAGAUAGUGUAAAAUGGAGUCCAGGAGCUGGUUUAGGUGCUAGUCCUACAAUAUCAUAUUCAGCUGGUGACAAAAAAGUCACAGUUACUUUACAAUGUGCAAUCGAUGGUACUAAUGAACUAGAAGCUUUAGGUGAACCUACUACAAAUAAUUAUAAAUUUAUUUUAACAAAUAAAUGUGCCUGCUGGGAUGGAUGUGGUGAUUCACCGACAACGGUAACAACAACAACAACAUUUCCAACACCACCACCGCAACGCAAUUGUUCGAUAAAUGGUUCUGUCUACACAUCGGACAAACAAGUUAUUCAAUCUUUUCCUUUUCAUGUCUCUAUCAAUCCUUCUCAGCCUCAACAGUCAUCACCUCGUUCUAGUUAUGCCGUAGUCGAUAUGUAUGGUAGUGUGAUCGAACUUAAUCUGGUUAAUAUUGUCAAUAUUCCACCUGCUCUCUUCUGUCUACAAAAUUUGCAAGCACUCUCACUCGCAGAUUCUAUUAAUCUAUCAAUUCCACCUGAGAUCCUUCGUCUUGGUUCCACACUCAAAUCUUUUACUGCAUUCAACAUUUCGAAAUCUCUCUUUCUUCCACCUGCAUUGUUCGGUAUGACUCUUCUAUCGACACUUUCUAUUGUCAACUGUGGUCUGGAAACAAUUCCAGAAGAUAUCGUCUACCUCAGUAACCUCAUUGAACUGACUCUUGACCAAAAUCAACUUGUCACUCUUCCUGCUACUUUGGGUCAACUGCCAUCUCUCACCUCUUUAUCGGUCAACAACAAUCUUCGACUUUUCUCGCUUGAUUUUCUCAAUGGAUUAAAAUCACUUACAACAUUGCGAGGAUCGAAUUGUGCGAUUGAUCAUCUUCCAAAUAACAUUUAUAAUCUGCGUACAAUUGAAAUGAAUGAAAAUCAACUGACAUCUCUUGAUGGCCUCGAAACAAUUACAUCAGUUUCUAGUGAUUCCUUCUCAUUUCGAAACAACAAGAUCACAUCGAUUUCAACCGGUUCCUUAGACAAUAUUGAAAGUCUUCAAUACUUGGAUUUAUCCAGCAAUCUACUCACAACGCUGCCUGAUUCACUUUACCGAAUCAAAAAUUUACAAACACUCGACAUUCACAAUAACAAUUUCAAUGAAAAAGAAACUGAAUGGAUUCAAGGAUUAUUUCGACUCACAAACACCACCAUUAUUAUGUGA